AUGUCCUCAAACCUGGAUAACCAGAAGUCUUUGACUGCCAAAUUCAUCAAGAUCGAAGAAGCAUGGGACAUCGAGGCCAACAUCCAACUGCGGACUAACGACUGCAUCUACCACCUCCGGCCAACCACGCUUGGUCACCCGCCGCGCAACAAUGACGAGUUCAGAGAGUUCUAUACGUCGCUGAAGGCCCUGUGGACCGACUACAAGCUCGAGGUCCUGCAGACAACGCACGAUGCAGAGACGCAUAAGAGCGUGAUCCACGCCAUCAACUACGCCGAGACACCGGCUGGGCCGUUUGAGAUGGAGUGUAUUAUGAUCUUGUCGUUCACUGAAGAUGGAACGAAGUUGAAGCGUGUGGAGGAACUGGCGGAUUCUGCGUAUUUGAAUGAGUUUUUGGAGAGAGUGGCGAAAGUGACCAUGCUACCAACCGAGCAGUCUAGUUGA